ACCUCAGAGGAUCACACGGUACGCAAAACACGUAUAUACAUACAUAUGUAUGAUACAUAUGUAUAUAUCUCUGCCGUCUUGUCUUCCUCCUCCACAUUUCUCUCUUUACACAACUUUCAUGGUGUCGAGAAAUAUGAAUCCUGCAGACGGAUCUUUCUUGGAUCCGAAGGGUACUAUGGCCGUCCCUGCAAUUGGACCCUUCUCCACCUCCUCCUCGCCUACGACCGCAGUGGAUGCGACGACGUCGGAGGAAGAUCUGAGCAAGAAGAUAAGGAAGCCUUAUACCAUUACCAAGUCCAGGGAGAGCUGGACGGAUCCUGAGCACGACAAGUUCCUCGAAGCUCUUCACCUGUUUGACAGAGACUGGAAAAAGAUUGAAGCUUUCAUUGGCUCAAAGACUGUGAUUCAGAUAAGAAGUCAUGCUCAGAAGUACUUUCUCAAGGUACAAAAGAGUGGAACGGGUGAACAUCUCCCUCCUCCUCGACCUAAAAGGAAAGCCGCUCAUCCCUAUCCUCAGAAUGCUCACAAGAACGUUCAACCUCAAGUACCGGGGUCCCUUAAAUCUACAGCUGAACCAAAUGACUCUAGUUAUAUGUUUAGGCCCGAGUCUUCUUCCAUGCUGAUGACUUCUCCACCCGCUGCUGCUGCUGCCGCAGCUCCCUGGACUAAUAAUGUGCCAACAAUUAGCUUCACACCCCUGCCCAAAGAAACAGCAGGAGCAGGAGCUAAUAACAACUGUUCUAGUAGCUCUGAAAAUACUCCAAGACCACGAUCCAACAAGGACGCAAGUGUGCAAGGAAAUCUUGGCCAUUCGUUAAGAGUUUUGCCGGACUUUGGCCAAGUAUACAGCUUCAUUGGAAGUGUUUUUGACCCAUAUGCAAGUAAUCAUCUUCGGAAGCUGAAGAAGAUGGACCCCAUAGAUGUUGACACUGUUCUACUGUUGAUGAGAAAUCUAUCAAUCAACUUGUCUAGCCCUGAUUUUGAGGAUCAUAGACGGCUACUUUCGUCGUAUGAUAUCGGCUCUGAGACAGCAAAUGAUCAUGGUGGAGUGUUUAAAACCUUAAACAAAGAACCACCAGAAAUCUCGACUUGAAGUUAAUAUAGAGGGGAAAGAUUAUGAUGAAACGUCUCAGGUGCAAAACCCAGAUUUGGUUAACAGAAUGCAGAGUGUUUGGUGUUGUGGGUUUUGUUUGUAAAUAUUAAGAAGAUGAAGCUGAGAGUUGAGCAGUCUUAUAUAUUUUGGAUAAUUUAUGUUAUAUGUAUAGUGUAGUGUUAAAAUACCUUUCGUCUUUCUGUGUACUUGUUUUUAAAGCAUGUAACAAUCUCUAACCAAAUCUCUUGACGUUU